GACUCAAAGCAUCCGUAGCCUCUGUCCGAGGCUUAACUCAUUCGUGACCAACAUCACGACUCAUCGACUACUGGGCAGAAUGAGACGCGACAGGACAAUGUGGUCGCGUGUAGCCGUGUUCACCGCCGUGCUGGCGCUGCUCCCAGGGGGGCAAGCGCGGCCAGGCUGGGGGUCGUCGGAGGAGUACGGGUCAUGGGGAUCCUUUGCAGGUUUGGGCGGAAAUUUUGGAGGGAGUCUGUCAACAAAUUUAGGAGGCAAGUUUGGCAUUGGCUUUUCAAAGAACCAUGGUGACGGCCAAAGCAGCUACGGUGUCAACUUGUUCGGUAGUGGAACCGGCUCCGUAGCUGGAUCCGGUUCAGGAAACGUCGGAUUCUUCUAUGGUGGACAUCGUUUGCCUGCUCCUGGAUAUCCUAAGGGUCAGUCUGGAGUCGAUGCUAACCAAUCGCCAUCAAAAGACAGUCGUCCUGAACCUCCUCAGACUCAACAACCAGUCCCACAGCCAGUCCAGCCUCUGCCGCCUGGACGAGUCUCUCCCAACUCGAAACCAGGUAUCGAAGUGCCAGCAGAAGCAGAAUCCUCAGGUGUAGCUGUAAAGCCCAAACCUCUCCCUGAAGUCUCGGAACUUCCUGAUCAAGCGACAAACACGAGUUGGAACGAUGGAACACAGUCUGAAGUAGCCCCGUUUCAUGAUCAAGCGACCGGCAUCAACCAGAACGAUGGACCACAGCCUGGAGUAGCCUCGUUUCCUGAUCAAACGACCGGCAUCAACCAGAAUGAUGGAGCACAGCCUGAAGUAGCCCCGUUUCCUGGUCAAGCGACCGGCAUCAACCAGAACGAUGGACCACAGCCUGGAGUAGCCCCGUUUCCUGAUCAAGCGACCGGCAUCAACCAGAAUGAUGGACAACAGCCUGAAGUAGCCCCGUUACCUGAUCAAGCGACCGGCAUCAACCAGAAUGAUGGAGCACAGCCUGAAGUAGCCCCGUUUCCUGAUCAAGCGACCGGCAUCAACCAGAACGAUGGACGACAGCCUGGAGUAGCCCCGUUUCCUGAUCAAGCAACCGGCAUCAACCAGAACGAUGGAGCACAGCCUGGAGUAGCCCCGUUUCCUGAUCAAGCGACCGGCAUCAACCAGAAUGAUGGACAACAGCCUGAAGUAGCCCCGUUACCUGAUCAAGCGACCGGCAUCAACCAGAAUGAUGGAGCACAGCCUGAAGUAGCCCCGUUUCCUGAUCAAGCGACCGGCAUCAACCAGAACGAUGGACCACAGCCUGGAGUAGCCCCGUUUCCUGAUCAAGCGAUCAACAGUAUUGAGAGUAACGAGGAUGACCAGCAGGAGGACAAGAAUAUAUUUUUCCCGGGCAAAGGGGCAAAUUCUGGCAGAGGGCGAGAAGACAAUGGUGAUGAAACCAAUCCAUUUGGGGAGGGCAUUAUAAAUCCUCGUAUAGGAAGUGAUGAAUCCUCCGAAGAGGAGGAAAAAGUCCAUUUCUUCCAGAGGAUCAAGAAUAAAAUUAAGAAAUUCUUUGGUUAAGUCUGUGAAGUUCUCGACGAAAUAAACGCAUUGCCAACAAUAAUACGCCACCUAUUUUGUAAUACAUCACCAUUUAACUCCCAAGGAAAUGAUUGAGCAUUUAACAUAUUUCGCCUGCUUAUUGUGUGUAGCCAGAUAUUUUAUACUCGGAUAUAUACUCAAUUUACUGCAUUAUUUUUACUUAGGAAUUUUUCGAGGAAGGAUGGAAUUAUAUUCAGAACAAUGUAAUUGAAGAUUAUAUUGGAUUUUGUAAUUUUAAUACAUUACAAAUUAAAAUCGGG